CAUCUAAUGUCUGACCUCUUCCAUAAUUAUCAAGCUUAUUACUUCUUUCGUUUACCAAUACCUUAAAAGCUGAUUCUUGAAUCAGGAGUCUGCUUCUGAAAUGGAAAGGAAUUGUUUAGAGGUAACCGUUGUUUCUGCGAGAGAUCUUAAGGGCGUAAGGAAAUUGUUCAAAAUGAAGGUCUACGUCAUGGUUGUCCUGGCUAGCAGUGACAAAGAGCACUUCAAAAGAACCCCCAUCGACAAAGAAGGCAGGACGAAUCCCAACUGGAAUUUCUCCGUGACGUUUGAUGUUGAAAAUCACUCGGAUGUCCAGCUGAACGAGUAUACGCUCACCUUCAAGCUCUUUUGUAAGCGCAAGCUGGGCGACAAAUACAUCGGAGAGGUGAGCGUGCCUAUCCAAGAUCUCCUUAGAGCAGCCUCCGGCGGCACCGACAGUAAUUCUCCACCAGUCAUCACCAGACCAGUCAGGCUCGAAAGCGGGUAUACACAAGGUGUACUGACUUUCUCGUGUAGGUUUCAUGAAGGCUCUGUUGUCAACGACUCGGGGGUGCCGCAGCCCCAGUUUUCGGGCCUAGAUCAGUCCCCCCAACACUCACAACCGGCACCAGAGCGUCCUUCCCUUCGCCGGUCUCUGACGACGAAGGUGCAGCAGUUGGUAACGUCGGUUGCAGCACAGGUGAUAGCAGAUGAAAUCAUGGACUGAGGAAAAGCUGAUGUUGGGAGAAAAAGGAACCGGAUCAAGAUGAGAAGUCAGUAACGUAGCAUCUGGCCUAGUUGGCCGCCGACAUGUACCGUACCGUUGCAUCGUUAGAAUUUAGACUUUGACUAAGGAUAUGAUUGUGGAUAAAAACCCUCUUAUUGACCUUAUCAUUUUUAUUUAUAUAUCAGUUUGUUUUUCUGAAUCUUAGUGUCUUUGGGGAGAGGAUUUGUUGGAGACAAAACCACACCGGGCUGAUUUAUCUUUCACGGCUGAACAUGCCAGAGAUAGGGUCCAUAGUGAUCAUUGGUGUGUUCACUUGUUGUAGGUAGUUCAGUCGGGUGUGUAGAUUUUGUCUCCCGUUCAUCACAGUCCCGAAUCAGAAUCUGAGGAGCAAUGGGAAUCAAAAUAUAGAAUAGAUGUUUCAAAUA